UAGCUCAUUGUAAGACGCAAGAAAGCAUGGGACCGUGUUUCACAUUGUUUGCACAAAGCCUCGCCUUCGCCACUCGUAAAUUUUGUGCCUCCGUUUGGCAAGGAUUGACAGGGUUGUGCAAAUUUGGUACCUUUCUCGUUCGGAAAGGAUACGCAGGAUUGUGCAAAUUUUGUGCCUUCGUUUGGAAAGGAUUGACAGGAUUGUGCAAAUUUUGUGCCUUCCUCAUUGGGAAAGGAUACGCAGGACUGCGCAAAUUGGGUGCCUUCAUUUGGCAAGGAUUGACAAUUUUGUGCAAAUUUUGUGGCUCAAUCGUUUGGAAAGGAUUGACAGGAUUGUGCAAAUGUUGUACCUUCCUCAUUCGGAAAGGAUACGCAGGACUGCGCAAAUUGGGUGCCUUCAUUUGGCAAGGAUUGACAAUGUUGUGCAAAUUUUGUGGCUCAAUCGUUCGGAAAGAAUACGCAAGAUUGCGCAAACGUGGUGCCUCCUUUUGGAAAGGGUUUUGCAAAUGCUAUACCGCAAUUACUGGAGUUCUCUCGUGGAUGGUAACAUUUGUACGCCAAUGCAACGGCAAUCGGUUGCCUAACAAGGACGAAAAUGAUAGUACUACAUGUACAGCGGCUGCUAAUGGCCAGGGCAAAUUCAAACUAUUCAACUCAAUGUGGACCCAAUUAAAAUGUCCAUUAGACGAAGACUUUGAUCAUUCACAAACAGCAACUGCUGGUGGCCAUAACAGAUCCAAACCAUCCUACUCAAUAUGCACCCAGAUGAAAUGUCCAGAGCAAAAUCAAACGGUGGUCCAACACAUAUUGAUUACAUCUUUCACUAAUUGUAUUAGUGCAAUGGAGACACUGGAAGCGAGUGAGCAAAACGAAGAUCCAACAAACAAUUUUGCCUAUUCCGAAGCCACCAGAUUCUACUACCAACAGACUAGAAACAGAAACAGAACAACAAAAGAUAUAGCCGCACAAGUUCGCCUUAUUUUGUCAUCCGUGGACGCUCUUCUUGCUGUCCUACCCCAACAUCAAGUACGUUUACAUCGCCCAAAACUUGCCGACAAGGCAGAAAGAUGGAUGGAAGCAUCAGAAGCAAGAGCGAGCUCAAGACUUAGACAGUAUCAACAACAGUUCCUUGCCAUACUAACAAGAAAUGAUUCGGAGUGUGCUGCAUCUAUCGAAGAAAACACAGAUUCGGAGUUCGACCAGCCACUACAGAAAGAGACUACCAGCGACUCCAAAGUUGAAGACUUAGAAGACGACGCGACAAAAAAAGAUACACAGUCUGUCGGCAUGACCUCACACCCAGAAGCUGUAAAUACAAAACCACUGUCAGGAGAUCAGCUUAGCCAAGUAUUUGGAGACUUCCAAAACGCCAUGCAAGAAGUGACGCAAGAAACUGACGAUUUGAUUGCAGGUAGAAAAGAACCUGCUGAGCUAGGAGAUCUAAGACUUCGAGGUGAUCUCUCUUAAUUAAACUCAAUGAAAUCAGACCAAAGAAGUUGAUUGACUGCAUGGCUGCUCUUUCCAGUUCAAGCAAACUUGCUACAUUACAAUUUGGAGCUUUACUAGUUAGUCAACUAAUUUUAGCAUUUGGUUAAUCGAAAUUGCUCUAGCGUUGUUCGAUCUUUUUGUUACAUGUGAACGUUUCAUAUAUACGCUACAAUCCGAGAGUUCAG